UGGUUUAGGCCAUAGGGAGGUUAGAGGUGGGGUGCAUUUGGUGAUGUCUAAGCUGUGGUGGCAACCAAUUGGGAAGGGUGGUGGGGGGUGGGGAGAAACCUGGGAAGCGCUGACCGCCUCAGAGAGAGGUGUUGGGGGUGCGCAGCUUAAGCUGCGUACGCUCGCGUCAUACGGCCCCGCGUCCCUUAAGCGGUGGCGGAUCUUGGAUCUUGAAAUCAGCCGCACAUCCCUCCCCUAAUAACACCACCACCAUCUCAUGUUCUCACAUUAUGUUCCCCACCACCACCACCACCACCAUCCAUGGCUGCUUCCUCCUCCUCUCCCCAAGACCCAACCCCAAUUCCAACCACAACCACCGCCGCCACUACCAUCACCACCACCACCACCACAGCCCCCUGUCCAACCCCUAAACCUUCCUCUAGACGCCUCCCUCCCCCUUGUUGGUCCCAUGAAGAAACUGUAGCCCUCAUUGAUUCCUAUCGUGAGAAAUGGUACACCCUCCGCCGUGGCAACCUCAAGGCCUCCCACUGGCAAGAAGUCGCCGACGCCGUUGCUCGGCGCUGUCGUUUCGCCACCCCUUCUAAGACCUCUGUCCAGUGCCGCCACAAGGUCGAAAAGCUCCGCAAGCGCUACCGUGCAGAGAAGCAGAAAGCCUUAUCCAACCCUGGCCGCUUCUCCUCCUCUUGGGUCUACUUUCGCAAGAUGGAUGCUAUGGAGAAAGGCCCUUCUUCUGCAACAGCCCAUUCUAAUGGUACUGAUGAAGACGACGACGACAACGACAACGGCAAUGAGGAUGAUGACGAGAACGAAGUCGAAGAUGACGAGGAAGAUCCACUGCCUCCCACCAAUACACGCAGUCUCCAUCGCCUUCUUAACAAUGGGGUUAGUAGCAGUGGUGGCCGCGGAGGAGGUGUUAGAGGGUUUCGUCUUAGAAUACCUAGUCUGCCCACGAGUGCUCUGCCGCCCGUCACGGGAUUCCGGUCCAAGGGCUUCGAUAGGGUCGUCGAUGGAAACUCUAAUGCGAACCGUAACCAUAACCCUAGGUACUUGAAUGGUUGUUCCCCCUCGACGUCCAGCUUUGGGCGGAGGACCGAUGGUGGUAGGGGUCUGGGAGGAGGAGGGGUUAAGAGAGAUUUUAAUCCGGUUUCCGAGAUGGUUACUUCGAUUAAGCUGUUGGGAGAAGGGUUUGUGAAGAUGGAGCAGAUGAAGAUUGAGGUGGCUAGAGAGAUUGAGAGAAUGCGGAUGGAGAUGGAGAUGAAGCGGACUGAAAUGAUUCUCGAGUCCCAGCAGCGGAUCGUGGAAGCCUUUGCUAAAGGUUUGUCUGGGAAGAAAAAGAUCAAGAGGUUACACUCGCCGGAUUCAUAGGCAAGGAAGCAUAAAAACUGUUUUUUUGUUUACUACUCUUUCACAUUUUAAUGGAUCUGCACAGGAUUUGAAAGAACAUAUAUCGAGAAGCCUUGAUUUGGGUCGAGAUGGCAGAGGUCAAUUCCACUGCUUACUGCAUGCAAAUUCAAGUCUUGGGCUCGUGUACCCAAUAGUCCAAUUUGGUCUUGUUGUCGAGAUAUGGAAGUUGGUGAGUUGAAGAUUUGAAGAUCUUACGAAAUUCCUCUUUUUGUUUUUACAUUUUCUCUGUUCAAAUAACUGACUGUCGAAACCUCAGAACUUGCUUAGUUUUGUAUUUUUUUGUUAUUUAAGAGGAGAAAAAGAAUUACUGUUUCUUA